CGCUUCCGUGCGUCUCGUUAGAACUUCCGGUGUGUUUGUAACUUCUCCGCGGAACGUCUGGAGUCUCUACAACCGGUAUCAUCAUGUUAAUGAUCAGUAACCGGAUUAAAUUGUGCUCGCUCGCGUUUACUACCGCGCGCAUGUACGCCACCGGAGCUCAAGCCAACAAUAAUCCGGUGGUGUUUUUCGACAUCGCGGCGGAUAACGAACCACUCGGCAGAGUCACCUUCGAACUGAAUGCGGAUGUUGUGCCCAAAACAGCAGAGAACUUCAGAGCUCUGUGUACUGGUGAACAUGGAUUUGGAUACAAGGGAUCCAUCUUUCAUAGAGUUAUUCCUCAGUUCAUGUGUCAGGGGGGAGAUUUUACAAACCACAAUGGAACCGGUGGAAAAUCCAUAUAUGGGCCGAGAUUUCCAGACGAAAACUUCAAACUGAAACACACUGGACCUGGUAUUCUGUCGAUGGCUAACGCUGGACCAAACACAAAUGGAUCUCAGUUCUUCAUAUGUACAAUUAGAACAGAAUGGUUGGAUGGUCGACACGUGGUGUUUGGCAGUGUAAAGGAUGGCUUGGAUGUUGUGAGGAAGGUUGAGGAGUUGGGUUCUCGUUCAGGAAGAACCGCUAAGAGAAUCAGUGUCACCGAUUGCGGAGAACUGAAGUAAAGAAAACAAGUCGAUGCAUUUCAUACACUGUUUAUCAAACGGAUGGUUGUUUGUUUGUUUGUUUGUUGUCACUGUUCUGAGUCCUCAUAAGGGUCAAAGGCCUGAUAAUGUGAAAUGUAGACACUGAGCUAAAAGGGACUGUUUGCUCUAAAAUGAGAAAAGUUAUUUAUUCACCCUCAUGUCAGGUACAAACCUUUUGCUGUUAUUAUCGAAACACAAAAAUCAUUUAGGUUCAGGAGAGUGAAUCAAUAAUGACUACUUUUAUUUUAGGGUGCACUGUCCCUUUAAAUGUGAACAUGUGAUUUAAACAUAUCAUUCUCAGAGUCAGACAGUAAUGUACGUGUGUGCAUGUGUCUGUGUGAUGUAAUCUGGACUGCUGAUUGUUUACUAUGGACUGAGUCCUAUCAUCAUAUCAAAGUUAAUGACUGAUGUAAUAUUUUACACUGUAUGAAUUGUUUACAGGACUGGACGAGUGUUUAACACACCAGUUUAAAGUAAUAAAGCAAUAAGUAAUA